UGUCUCAGUUAUCACUGUCAGCAGUCUCACCCCACCUUGGAAGGCCAGUCUGUAGCUGGGAGAAUUGGGGAAACAACUGGGGACUUAGGAUCAAGCAGUCAUCCUCCCCCAAAAAGGCAAAAAGCAAGAGAAAGGAGACAGAAGGAGCAGCCAGAAGAAGCAGAAGAGGUCUUGUCAGCAGUGUCUAGGACAGCCUGAGCACUAAGCGUGCUCCGUAGGAGGGGCUCUUCCAUCCGAUCCUCCCACUACAAAAGGAAGUAGAUACCCAAGGAACCAAGUUCAACAGGAAGGCUGAGGGGAGAGUGUGGAGCCAAGAAGGACGCUGAGCUUCUGAACCUGUGUCCCUGGAAGAAUGGAAGUACCCUCUACAGAAAGAGGGAAGUUAAAGUAAAAAAUGAAGACGAACUACCUUGAAAUGGUCCCUGUGAUGUUGGCGGUUGUGAUCAUGAUGGAAAUCUUUCAGGUUAAGGGUCAUCUGUUAAGCAUGUCCGCUGAUACUUUUGAUGACCAGUACCUGAAGUGUGCUGAAAGGAUGGAGACCAAAUUUGUUCCCAAGUUGCUCAUUGAGGAAAAAAACAACCAUAAGCUCUUCCAUUCUGUGUGGACAGAAGCAGCCUCCCAGUGGGAUUUAAAGAAGGCCCAGCUGUUGCUCCCUCUAGGCUUUCAGGAUAACCACGGCAUAGCGCUCACGACGUACGCUUCACAAGCUCGGAGGCAGACCCCCUUUUACCAAGAGUUCAGCUCUGCCGUAGAGAGAGCUGGAAGGUCUCGAGAUGAUUAUAUCUACAGCUUUCCGUUCAAAGCUUUACACUUCUAUCUGACAAGAGCCUUGCAGCUUUUGAGCAGAGAGUGUUCGCAGAGUUAUAGGCAUCCAGUAUAUGCCAAAAGCCUUUUAACUUCUUCUGGGCCUCCUGGACAUGUUGAGAUCAGGUUUGCUCAUUUUACCUCUUUCAGUGUCAAACCUGAGCCUGUAUCUGACUCAGAAACAUUGUUCACUGUCUACACGUGUUUUGGGAUUUCUACAGAAAUAGUUUCUGAUUCAGUAAAUGGAAGCAUCUUAAUACCUCUGAAUGAGGUUUUUAAACUGACCCAGGAAGGAAAUAGAACCAGCUUGGUCCUUAGAAGCAUGAACAAGACCUGCAGCUAUUUUGACUGUGCAUACCUUGGAGGCUUGAAAACAGAAAACUGUGUUGACAGCACUGGACAGCUUAAGUCCAGAUACACCAAUUUCCCUGGAUUGAAAUUCAAAGAAAAAGAAGAUGAGAUCACUGAAAUGAAGAGCCAUAAGCCUCAUGGUCCAGAAGAAAUGAACGCAGAGCAGGAGCCUGUUGAAGACCCUGGUCAGAGAAGUCUAGACUAUUUUGACAAUCCUGCUCCAGCUCUCAUUCCAUUUCCCAGCAACCGCCCGACUGUGGUGACUGUGGUGUCCGCUUCCACCUCCUUGGGCGAGGCGCCUCUUCCCCUGUUUGGGAGGCUUGUUCUUUUGAUUGGUGCUUUUGUUGUAAAGCUCUUUGCUCGUCUCUGAUCUGUACAGGCUCUUCAUUCCUUAAAAUGUGUUGUUAUUGAUUAUUGACUAUUUAAGGAAAUUGAAAGGGACGUGAGUAAAAUUCUUCAUGUUUUCUUGCUGCUCAAACUCGAUAUAAUCCUCUUUGUAAACAGAAGCCCACUAUGUUAGUAGUAAGGGUAUCUUAGAAUACUUGUUAAUCUUCCACUUGUAGAUUUAUGUAUUAAUCUUACAAUUGUCUAAAUUUGAUGUUUCUGAAUGAAUUCAAUAAAACACUAAGAAGAAUAGUAGAACUGAAAUUUUGGCAUACUUCAGUGUUAAUGCUGAAUAGCUCUAGUAAUGAUAACUAGCUUCAGUUUAAUAACUUUUUUUUUAAAUAAUCCACGUGCCUUUGACCAGUCUUCACUGAAUGCUUAUUCAGUAACACUAUGUACAAGGUGCUGUGCUGGGCAUUUUGGGGGACGCUGUGUAUGUGACCUUCAGUUCUUUUCAUUGUAAAAUAAAGGGAUUGGACGGUG